AUCUGGUGGUUGGACUCGGAGCUGACCUGUGGUCAGUCUCGUCCUCUCGUCUUCACUCAGGGUCACUCGGUGUGUAACCGCUCCUUCUUCCCCUGCUUCGACACGCCUGCCGUUAAGAGCACGUACACGGCUACCAUCAGGGUUCCAGACGGCGUCACUGUGCUGAUGAGUGCGUCCCGGAGUUCGUACUCCAAACAGGACCGGGUCUUCCAGUUCUCUAUGGAGUCUCCUGUUCCGUCCUACCUGGUGGCGUUGGUGGCUGGCGACAUGCAGCACGUGGACGUCGGUCCGAGGAGUCGAGUGUGGGCAGAACCAUGUCUCUUGUCCUGUGCGGUAAAGAAGCUAGGGGGCAGUGUGGAGCGUUGGCUGGGUGUGGCCGAGGAGCUUUUUGGUCCCUACCUGUGGGGCAGGUGUGACAUCGUAUUCCUUCCCCCCUCCUUCCCCAUCGUCGCCAUGGAGAAUCCCUGCCUCACCUUCAUCAUCGCCUCCAUCCUGGAGAGCAGCGAGUUCCUUCUGAUUGACGUCAUCCAUGAGAUCGCACACGGCUGGUUCGGAAACGCCGUCACCAACGCCACCUGGGAGGAGAUGUGGCUGAGCGAAGGGUUGGCCACAUACGCCCAGAGGAGGAUCACGACCGAAGCGUAUGGUGAGGCGUUCACCUGUCUGGAAACUGUUGUGCGAUUGGACGCCCUCCACAGACAGCUGCGUCUCCUUGGAGACAACAAUCCUGCGAGCAAACUGCAGAUCAAGUUUGAGCCAG